AUGGCGGAUCUAAGGUCCCAACAAGGCCGAAACUAUCAGGCAAAUCCAUAUGGACAAGCGCCGAAUCCGCGGCGCGAUGCUGCCUUUUCUGAUAUCUUUGGUUCAUCAGCGCAUGCCGGCCGAUCUCAAACAAUGACCUCACAAACCCCUCCUUUUCCGAAUGAACGAGCGCGUACGAUGACCUCCCAUAUCCCACCGCCUCAGAUGCAAAUGCAAAACAGGGCACCACCGCCGCCAGGAGGAGGUGUUCGUCAACUACCUAAUGGAUAUGGACCGGGCCCUGUUAAUGGCUAUGGGGGUCACCAUGUACCUAAUGGAAAUGUCGCUCCGUCACACCAGCAGCAGCAUCCCCAGAAUUAUCCUCGACAAUACCCUGGUCCUAUUCGAGAAUAUGCCAGACCGGGCCCUCAUUAUACGAACCCCAAUGUUCCUGUUCCCCACGGUCGUCCCCCGCCGGCUCUAAAUUCAGACACAAGCCGCUCUCGGUCAAUGGCUAGUGUAGUGAGGCAUCCCCCUUCAUAUACGCAACCCCCAAGCAAUUAUCAGCCUCCUGGCAACACCUUCCGUAGCCAGCAUUAUAAUCACAUCGCAAGAACACCGCAAGGACGACCCGUACCUGAGAAGAAUGAGGAUCCGCGUACGAUGUCACUCAGCUCUUACUCAUCAUCUCAUGACCAUGCCCAGACAGCCUAUGGCCGUACUGUUCCUACCAAGCGCCCACCUUCCGGGCCCGAUCACAUACCACCUCAAUUGCUUCCCGCACAAGCACAGGUACAGCCGCAAGUCCAGGCCCAAGCCCAGCCUCAUAUUUUUCCAGAACAGCAAGGACAAUAUGAAGACAAUUAUCGACCUCGUCGUCCGAGUGAAGCAUCGGUCACCUCGAGAACCAUGUCGAUGGCUUCAACGCUUAUUCCCGAUCGGACAAUGAGUCUGCAAAGCCAGCCUCUUCAGAAACAGACCACUCAAUCCACCACUGCGACAGCGGUCGCACAAGCUCGCAGAUCAAAGCCGUUGGUCUAUCCCGCUCUACUUUCACGUGUCGCAGAUGUUUUCCGCGAAGGAAUGCCUCUUGCAGAAUAUCAGAAGAACGGGCUUUCGUAUCAGAAUGCAUUCCCAGGAUCGAAAGCCGUGGAUUUGAUUGCUCACAUUAUUAGAACACAGGAUCGAAAUCUUGCAUUGCUACUGGGCCGUGCGCUUGAUGCACAAAAGUUCUUUCACGAUGUGACUUAUGACCACCGUCUCCGAGACUCUUCCGUUGAAAUAUACCAAUUCAAGGAAACCAUGACUGAAGAGUCGCCUACUUCAGACGUCAAUGGAGUGUUUACGCUACUCACCGAGUGUUAUUCCCCAACCUGCACACGUGAUAAUCUUUGUUACUCGAUUGCUUGUCCUAGACGACUUGAACAACAGGCUCGCUUAAAUCUCAAACCUCAGCCUGGUCUACGACAUUCCUCUUCGAAGGGCAGUCUUCACGCGGAUGAUGAUAAUGAUGACCAGAAGCUUUGGAUCAACAUGGUUCCAAAGGAGGUUUCUGACACGCUUGAAGAUCGGGAAAAGAAGCGUCAAGAAAUUAUUUUCGAAAUCAUGUACACCGAAAGAGAUUUUGUCAAAGACUUAGAGUAUUUGCGAGACUUUUGGAUGCGUCCGCUUCGUUCAGCUGGCAAUACAAGCUUAUCUCCGAUUCCCGAGCAUCGACGAGAAAAGUUCAUUCGCACGGUUUUUGGAAACUGCUUGGAAGUGUUGAAAGUCAACUCUACUCUUUGCGAAGCACUCAACGCCCGACAAAAAGAGGACCAUGUCGUCCGUACCGUCGGAGAUAUUUUUUUGCAGCAUGUCCCCCGUUUCGAUCCCUUUAUCAAAUAUGGUGCCAAUCAGCUCUACGGAAAGUAUGAGUUCGAGAAAGAAAAGGCUUCCAACCCUGCAUUUGCUCGCUUUGUGGAGGAAACAGAACGUUUGAAGGAGUCACGAAAGUUGGAGUUGAACGGUUAUCUUACGAAACCUACCACACGUCUUGCUCGGUACCCUUUGCUUCUUGAGCAAGUGGCUAAGAAUACUGCCGAUGACAAUCCAGACAAGCAAGAUAUUCCGAAAGCGAUCGGGCUGAUCAAAGACUUCCUUUCUAGAGUCAAUACUGAGAGUGGUAAAGCGGAGAAUCACUUCAACUUGGUUCAGCUCAAUGCGGCCUUGAAAUUCAACCCGGGGGAUUAUGUUGACUUGAAACUCACCGAAGAGAACCGACAAAUGCUUACCAAAAUGGGUUUCAAGAAAGGCCCAACUGAUAGUUCUGAAGUCACUGCCUAUCUGUUUGAUCACGCCGUACUCCUAGUGCGUAUCAAGGUGGUCAACAAACGCGAGGAAUAUCGGGUAUACAAGAAGCCAAUUCCACUCGAACUUUUGGUGAUCACCCAAAUGGACGAGGUCAUCCCCAGGCUCGGACUGGCAAAAAGAUCAUCAUCCAGUCUCAUUCCUGGAAAGGUCAUUCCCACCAAUACACCUGCGCCGAAAGAAGGACUGCCAAUCACUUUCAGACAUCUCGGAAAGGGUGGCUAUGAUUUGACUUUGUAUGCUACGUCACCAACGCAACGAAAAAAGUUUAUUGAAAUGGUCGAAGAACAACAGAGAAAACUUCGGGAGCGCAACAGCAACUUUUAUUCGAAGACUAUCCUUUGCGAAAACUUCUUCACAACAGCGAAUAGGGUCAACUGCUUGGUACCGACUGACGGCGGAAGAAAGCUCGUUAUCGGUACAGAUAAUGGUAUCUACCUAGCAGAGCGAUGGCCUAAAGAUAAGAGUGCAAAGCCAAGACGAAUAUUGGACGCCACUGCAGUUACUCAAAUUGACACUUUAGAAGAAUAUCAACUAGUCUUGGUUCUUGCCAAUAAGACUUUGAGCUCCUACCCGAUGGAAGCUCUAGAAGUCAACGAAGGUCAGAAUCCUCUUGCGCGCCGACCAAAGAAGAUUCAAGGACACGCCAACUUCUUCAAAGUCGGUAUCGGUCUAGGACGGCAUCUCGUGUGCUCUGUCAAGACCUCUGCGCUUUCCACUACUAUCAAGGUCUUUGAACCUAUGGAGAACUUAGCAAGAGGUAACAGGAAACCAGCGUUGGGUAAGAUGUUCAGGGGAGGCCAAGAAGCAUUGAAACCUUUCAAGGAAUACUACAUCCCCGCCGAAUCUUCUUCUGUACAUUUCUUACGAUCAACUCUGUGUGUUGGUUGUGCAAGAGGUUUUGAGGUUGUCAGUCUCGAAACCACAGAAAGCCAAUCACUCCUCGAUCAGGCAGAUACUUCGUUAGACUUUGUUGCGCGAAAAGAGAACGUCAAGCCUAUUCAUAUUGAACGAAUGAACGGAGAAUUCCUUUUGAAUUACAGCGACUUCUCGUUCUUUGUCAAUCGAAAUGGAUGGCGAGCUCGACCGGAUUGGAGAAUCUCUUGGGAAGGCACGCCGAAUGCUUUCGCCUUAUCCUAUCCAUAUAUCCUAGCCUUUGAACCAAACUUUAUUGAGAUUCGGCAUAUCGAGACGAGUGAGCUUAUCCAUAUCAUGACUGGAAAGAACAUUCGAAUGUUGCAUUCGUCGACGCGCGAGAUUCUGUAUGCUUACGAGGACGAGGAAGGAGAAGAUGUGGUAGCUAGUUUGGAUUUCUGGAACAAGGCCACAGUGAAAUAA